CGUCCACAGAUCGGCACCAGUCAAGUAUUUCACCCACGAGCUGUCCUGUCGCGGCCGACUACGCCGCUUCUUCAUCAGAAAUGCCAGCACACGCAUCGCGAGCACAUUCUUUGACCUGGCCCUCAAGUCUCUCAUCUGUAUCAUGUAUGUUGUUCGUGUUUACCUGGACAACCCUUCAGAGUACGAGAGGUACGUCCUGCUGUGGGUACACCGGAGUCUGCCUAUUUGGAUCACAGAACUGUGUCUUGCCUUUGUGUCGUUGAUCAAAGCCAUGCUUUUAGUCUACAUUGCUACAAAGGGUCACAGAAUGGAACAAAUUUUAACCAAAAAUUUCUUUCUGGAGAUUAUCUGUGCUGUUCCAAUGUUAGCCACACUUGCCUACCCGCCAGUCCUCAAAGACUUGUUCGUGCCCGUCUUCUUCAACUGCUGGCUGGCCAAACGGGCCUUGGAGAAAAUCUAUAAUGACCUUCACCUGACGAGGCAAAGGUUCCAGACCAUCUCCGUGACCUCCCUGCAGCAGAUGGUGCUAGUGUUGGCCAAUAUUGCUUGCCUGGUAUUUGUGUGUAUUUGUUGCAUUCAGCACAUACAGCGCGGCAGUGAGGAGACGCCUCUGAGCAUGUUCCAAGCCUUCUACUUUGUGAUUGUCACCUUCUCUACUGUCGGUUAUGGAGACAUUUCUCCUGACAUUUGGCUCAGUCGUCUCUUCAUGGUGCUCAUGAUCUGUGUGGCCUUCGCAUCAAUACCCCGACAGAUUGAAGGUCUCGUCUCCACCUACAUGGAGCGCCGGAAGGCCGGUGGGGAGUACAGCCACCGAUCGGCGACUCGCAACAAGCACGUCAUCGUGUGUAGCAGCUCCCUCACACAGGACACGCUCAUGGACUUCCUAAACGAAUUUUACGCACACCCAAAGCUUGAGGAACACACGGUCAUCUUACUGUGUUCGCAAGAGCUGGACAGUAGCAAACAGGUCAUUCUGAAGGAUCCUAAGUGGAGUCACGAUCGACAUACCAUUUUGAGGUCAUGGGCUGUCAAGGACUUCGCUCCCAACUGCAAGCAGUACAUCCAGCUCUUCAGUGUUGCCAACAAAAUACACGUCAAGUUUGCGGGUAAGC